CCUGAACAGCUACUUAUCAGUGAGAGAGUAUCGACAAACGUCACUGUGUGAGAGCGGCCGGGGGGUAUAAAGUGGAGCUGUGCACAGGUGGGGAUGCAUUGACAGAGAGACUCCAGACUCCUACGUUCCUGCGUGAAGACGAUCACCGACACCUUGUACCGAGGAGUGACUCACUUAAUUCAUUAUCCACUCGUACAGGAUUAUUACUUUUCUGAGCGACAUUUUGUUUCAGAAGAACCUGGAAAAUGGAAAUAUACAUGUUGAUUUCCGUGUUAUCAGCGAUGUACUCCUGGAUUUUGUGCACAGUCCUAUCAGCGCCGACUGAAGAGACAUCCACCGCUUCCACAGCCACCCCGGGGCGCCAUGUGCGGACCAAACGCUGUUCCUGCGCCAAUUUCCUGGACAAGGAAUGCGUCUACUUCUGCCACUUAGACAUCAUCUGGGUCAACACACCUGAGCGCGUGGUCUCCUACGGACUAGGCAGUGAGCCCAGGACGAGGCGCGCGGUCGCGGAUUCCAUGGUAACCAGCAGUGGACCCCGGUGCCAGUGUUUCCGCCUAAACGACAACACAUGCAGAAACUUCUGCCGGCUGGAAGACCUGAGGUAUGAGGCCGUGCCAGACUUAGUGAUCCUCUCUGCCGAGGGCGAUGCUUGUGUUGAGGCGCAGUGCAAACACAAACGGCCGCUCACACCGAAGAAGGACAAAGAAUAGCAACAAAAAACAGGAGUUGCCUCUAGCAAUCAGGGCCAUUUUAAAAACCAGACUGCUGUUCAAGAAGUGGAGGGCCAGACAGCACCACAGGGCGAGAGCAUGGGAGGGCGAGAGCACAGCCUCCUAAAGAAGACAGAUAACCUUCACACCUUGUCAGUGGUGGAAAUCGAAUGGGCCCUUCUGCUAGUGUGGAGCCCUGUGGUAGACAAUAUAGAGCCAUGUUGGUGUCAUGUUGGCUUCAUGGCUGUGUUGUCAUUGUCUGCAGCAGAGCAGAGAGCAUUCACAACUGGACUUCAUCAGAUGAACAAGAUUAGAGACAAUACAGCAAGUUCCAAUUGAAAGUAGAUAAGCUGAACAGAGGACUUUAAGCCUGUAAGGCCUGUAAGACCAAGGACAUUUAUUGAUCUUGGAGGUGUCACAGGGAGACUCGAUCACAAACUCUACUCCUUUGGACUGGAAAAAAACAAGGAUUUAAGGAUUUAAUAUAAAUCCUUGUUUUAGAUAAACAAAUCAUUGUCAUAUAUGGAUGAAUGCAGUCUUCCUUGGAUUUCAAACUGCUAUCAUUUUACUCCAGCAGCAUCAAAAACAGACUGUUAUGUCUCCAUAGAAGGGAUUAUGUGCCUUCACUGACUAAAACUAUUUAUUGCAUUUGACAGGCCAUCUCCUGUAUAUCAGGUCAUUGUAGCGGUGCCAUACAGUAGCUGCUGGGAGUUUUUCAUGUGGAAGUUAUCACAAAUUUCCAUCAGAUUUUCACUAAACAUGGUAUGUCUUUUGUUGCUACUAUGUGUUCUGUUCAUUUAUUCGUUUUACAUAUUGUAAUUUGAUGGUCAUAUUGGUCCGUUACAUGUUGGUUUGGCAUUUCUGUGAAAUGUUUUGUCCCAAGGUGCCACAUUUUGGCCAAACGUAAUAAAUGUUUACACACUUAUUCAAAA